AGCCUUCAGUAUGGAAGAUCUUUUUGUGCCCGUGGUCUACUAAGGGAAAAUGUCAGCACGGAGGAAAUGAAUGUGGAGUCUUCACCAAGGCGGUUCAUUGUAGAAGAAAACAUGCCUUGCGAAGGAGUCAUAGCGCGUGUGAGCCAGACGACAUGCUUCCUCAUGCCAGCUGGGCCUGAAACCUGACACGCAUUAAGAAGUGAAACCAAACUUACUGCUUUCAUAUCCGUUUUUAUUUGGACUUCUUCAGGAGACUCUUGUUUGCGUCGUAGAGGAAGCACGACUCUGGUCCUCCGAGUGAUUAGACCGAAAAUCAUGAGCUCCGCAGAUGGGGGAAACCUGGUGCUGCUCUUCUGCUACUUCCUGAUAUCCGGCCAUGGUCAGGCCUUCGAGAAUAAGACCUGCUACAUCCGUGGCACCGAGGCCGAUUGCAGCCGCCUCAGCCUCACCGCCAUCCCCCCAAACCUCCCGGGGAACAUCACCAGUUUAGACAUGUCCCACAACAGACUGGGUCAGAUCCGGCCCUCGUCUCUGGCGCCCUACGCCGGCCUCCUCCAUCUGGAUCUGAGCUACAACAGCCUCAGCGGGCUGGACGGCGGGCUGUGUCGGACUCUGCCUCUGCUGCAGACCCUCUACGUGGACCACAACCAAGUGCAUGUUAUUCAGGAAGAGGAUCUGAGCGCCUGCAGCAAUCUGACCAGGUUUCACUUGUCGGGCAACAGACUGAAACUAAAAGGGGAAGCCUUCUCUGGACUACAGAGUCUGAAGUUCCUUGACGUCUCAAAGAACAACCUAAACUCGGCUCGGCUCGGCUCCAAGACUCAGAUGCCCAACCUGGAGGAGCUCAGUCUGGGAUUCAACUCGUUCACUACUUUGGCCAAGAAUGACUUUGCCCUCUUCAGCCAGUCCAAGUCUUUGCACGUCCUCAACUUGGUCUCCACCACCAUAAAGAAAGUGGAACCUGGUUCUUUCAAGCCUCUGUCACAGCUGCAAACCUUAAUCAUGGACGGCAGCAACAUGGGCACGACUGUCAUUUCCAAACUGUGCUUGGAGUUGUCCCAGGUCUCCAUCAAGGCUUUGUCCUUGCAGAAGAUGAAACUGGUCACUCUCAACAACGCAACAUUCAAAGGCUUGCAGCAAACAAAUCUAACCUUUCUGGAUCUUUCCAGCAACGGGAUGGGUAAGAUUGAAGACAGCUCGUUUCAGUGGAUGGGCAAACUGGAAACUCUGAUCCUGUCGGACAACAACCUCAAGCAUUUGACCAAGUCAACAUUUCGGGGACUUAAAAGCUUGAAAAAACUAGUCUUGAUGAAAGCUCUGGUAAAAGGUCACACCUCGGCAACGCCCAUCAUCGACGACUUCUCCUUCCAGCCACUCAGCACUCUGGAGAGUUUGUGUUUACAGCGGACUUCCGUACGGGAAAUCACUCAGAACACUUUCACGGGCUUGACAAGUCUGAAAGAGCUCGAUAUGAGCUGGAGCAGUUAUGUGUCGCUGAAAACCAUCAGCAACAAAACACUUGCCUCACUUAGCGAGUCUCCUCUCUUGAAGCUCAACUUGACAGCAGUGGCUAUCGCCCAGAUUCAACAUGGAGCCUUUUCCCAUUUGAAGAACCUCACAAGUCUUGCUCUGGAUUUUAAUUUCAUCAAGCAAACUUUGACUGGCAAGGAAUUCGAAGGUCUAGACCGACUCAGGGAGCUAAACAUGUCCUUUAACCACCAGAUGGUCAACCUCACCUCCAUGUCGUUUGUUAGUGUCCCAGGUCUUGAAGUCCUGACGCUAGGAAAAAGCCUUGUGGUCACAGCUCUUAACCUGGAUCCCUCCCCAUUCAAACCCCUGUCUGAGCUCACCUACCUGGACCUGAGCAACAACAACAUCGCCAACGUCCGAGCCAAUCUGUUGGAGGGACUCGUGAACCUAAAAGUUCUUAAUUUGGAACACAACAACUUGGCCCGAUUGUGGAAAGACGCAAACCUUGGCGGGCCUGUACUUUAUUUGAAAGGCUUAGAUAACUUGGUCAGCCUUUGGAUGAAUAGUAACGGUUUUGACGAGAUCCCCACAGACGCACUGAGCGGCCUAAAUAACCUCCAGGAACUGAGACUCAGCAACAAUCUGCUCAACAACCCGAAAUAUUCGGUAUUUGACAGCCUGAACUCCCUAAAGGUUUUACACCUCCAGAGGAACUUGAUCACAGCUGUAAGACCCGAAGUGUUCCGAACACCCCUGAGCAAUCUCAGCUUGCUCAUCAUGGACAGAAACCCCUUUGACUGCACCUGCGAGAGCAUCCUGUGGUUUGUGACAUGGUUGAACAACACAAAUACGACCAGAGUGCCAGGUCUCGGGGAUCGGUAUUUGUGCAACACACCCCUGGUUUACUUUAACCACUCAGUCAUGGAAUUUAACACCCUCUUUUGCAGGGACAUGACACCUUUCCAGGCACUUUACAUACUAAGCAGCACCCUCAUCCUCGUGCUGACUGUAACCGCCCUGCUGGUGCACUUCCACGGCUGGAGGGUUCAAUUUUACUGGAACAUUUUGAUAAACCGAACACUGGGAUUUAGUGACGCCAAAGUGGAAGAGAGCCGACAAUUUGAAUACGACGCCUACGUCAUCCAUGCUGAGGAGGACAGCACCUGGGUGGACAGAGCCGUGAUGCCUUUGGAAAAUGACGGAUGCAGAUUUUACCUGGAGGAUCGGGAUUCGAUGCCAGGCACGUCGCAGCUGGAGUCCAUCGUGGAAAAUAUGAGAAACUCACGGAAAAUCCUGUUUGUGGUGACGGAGAGUCUUCUCAGAGACCCGUGGUGCAGCCGCUUUAAGGCCCACCACGCUUUGCAUCAGGUCAUCGAAGCCAGCAGAGACUCUGUGAUCCUGGUCCUGCUGCAGAACGUGCACGACUACAAGUUGUCCCAGUCGCUCUUCCUCCGUAGAGGAAUGUUGCGUCCACGCUGCAUACUCCACUGGCCCGUCCAAAGGGAGCGAGUUCCGGCCUUUCGCCAGAAGCUGCUGAUUGCCCUCGGUUUAACCAAUCAAUUUCGCAGCUGACCUUUCGGAGCGAUAGUUGAACUUGUAAGGAAUACCAAACACUUAAACUUGACAUAUGAUCUCAUUUGCAAAUUUUCUCACCACAAAGAAAACUGAUAAACAAAAUAAUCACGGUAGAGAUCGGAUUGUCAAGUGAGGUCUUUGGCGCUGCGACAAGACAUCAAACUUGACUAAAUAGAGGAAGUGAAAGUCGUAACAAUGUUUUUGUAUGUCAACCGGCGGAAAGAUCAUUCAUGACCUUUACCAGCAGACCACCACAAUUCCAGGGCAAGGUGGCACGUCCAACUUCCGGUGAGUUCCACCAGUACCUACGACUUGUCCCCCCAUGUAGAAAUAUCCUCCAAACACUUUUAGUAAAAGAUUCUUGUGUGCGUACAAAUAGUUUUUAGGAGAAAGAUGUGGGAGUUUUAGCCAUGUAACACAGAAGCAGAGCUAUAGGGGGACUGGGAGGGCGGCCCUAUCCCAUGGCUUGGGCCCAGAGAAGUUCAAACCAUUCAAACAGUUUUAUCUGUACACCACCAUUAAAACAGCUGAACGUAUGGGGUCUUAGAGGUUGCCCCAGUCAGGAUGAGUCAUGGUUGCUAAAACUUUACAUAAAAUGUGUAAAAAAUGGAAUAUAAUUUUGUAUUUUAUUUGGCAUUUCUCCUACCAAGUUGACAUGAUUGGCAGUUGAUAUUUAUAUAAACAUAAAAGUGGAGCGGCAAAAAAAUCGGGAAAAAGAGAGCAUGUGGAGCAGUUGUGAACUCUCGCUCUCGGCUGCCUCGAGUUUUUCCUACUGCUCCGAACUGGUCGCUGGCAUGAGAGGCGAGCAUGCUGACUACCAACCACCAACAUCUGACAUACCAAUUACCGGUACCUCGGUAUCGAUGCCGGUAUUCAACAGUUCCAAUUUUCGGUACUUUUGGAUGUGUUAGUAAAUAUUGAUUUUUGAUAAUAAAAUCUCAUUUAUAUUGCAUCAUUUAAAAAUGAGCUGAUUCUGAUAACUGCUUUGUUUCAUUAUCACAUUUCUGAGUCUCAAUUACAAGUAUGACAGUAAGUUGCAAUUGCAGUUGCAAGUCCAAGACGUUAGAUGGCAGUAGUGUGUAGUUUAUGGUGUGUUGGCUAGUCAGUUCAGUCUUUGCUGAACCUAGUCUUUUGUUGCGCCCUAAAAGUGUUAAUACCUUAAGUAUUGUACUUAUCGAGGGCUGCCAGCUGUGUGGGCGGUCUAAAGGGACAGGCUUCAAUCUAAGUGGAGGUAUUCCGCCAAGCACAAGUGUUUGACUUGCCUCCAUCUAAUAGCAUUACAUUAUUUCUGGACACUGAAAAGUGCAGGGGGAAAAAACGGCUUUUAGAAAAAUGCAGAGUGCAUGUCCCCUCUGCCCCCUCCCCAAUACUCCAUACUCCCAAGAAACAAAUAUUGAGUAUUGUAUUGGAUCUUAAACUGUAAAAGGCUUUUUUGUAGUUCUCCAAAGAACAUUUUUAAUGUUUUUGUAAAGCAUAAUUUGUAAUAAA